ACAUGUCAGUUUGUCAGUAAAAAGACAAACGAUGAGAAACGUAAAAGAAUCACAAAAGUUACAAAAUAUUUACCAAUACUAACGCUUACUAAGUGUUUCCUUAAUUCACACUUGUCUUUUGCGUAUAUAAGUUAUUAAAAACAUAUUUUGAAAGAUUCUUUUUAAUCUAAAAUGGUUGAAGAAGACGAAUACGCUUGUGUAAACAGGUCGCAGUUAAAAAUUAAGGAUAAUUCUGGAAUUAAAAAGAAAAAGAAGAAGAAGUCGAGUAAAGAAACGGAAAAGGCUAUUGAGGAUGAAGUGAAGGAACAAAUAAAACAUCACAAAAGCAAUAACGAAAAGACAAAAGCUGAGCUUGCUUUCUUAAAGAUGCAGGACAAAAUGAAAAAACAAAGGAUUCAACAAAAAGCUGAGAUGACUCACAAACAAAGAGUAGAAAAGUUCAACCAACAUUUGGACAGCUUGACGGAGCACUUUGAUAUUCCUAAAGUUUCCUGGACAAAAUAGUUACACCUUUUUUCAAUAUUUGUUUAUUUAAAAAAAUGUAAAUGGGUAAAGUUUGAAGGAUAAAAUUUGCUACCCGAUCAUUCUUAUACCAUACCUUCACAUGUAUUAUAAUAUACAUAAUUUAAAAAAAUACAGAAUUUUCUUUAUUAACAAAUCUAACAAUAGUGUGUCAUU